AUGUAUGGUAAAAUAAGUAUGAACGUCUUCGUGACAUUUGAUCCUUACCUAAUCGUAUGGAAUUCAAUUAUUCAUGAUGAGACAUCAGUACAUUUAAAACAACUGAGGGCGGUAGUAAAUUAUAUGAAAGGUCAUUUUAUAUUAGAUGUAGACAAUUACAUUUCUUCUGUUUGUUCGUGUAAUUUAUUAUCUUAUAGUACAUAAACAUAUUGCGAUACAUAAUAAUAUAAUGCAAUAAAGAUAAUUAUUACCAUGUUCAUCCAUCUAUAACCUAACAUGCUUUUGUAAUACGAACGCCAACGACAGCAAUGGAGUAUCGUACAUUUUGGCUCGUGACGUCAUCUCUCAAUAUCUAAAAUCCGCGGCGUAUGGUAGGCAAAAUCUGGGUAUUAAUUUUUUUUUAUGCGACGCAUCAACAAGAAACGAUCUUUACAUAAUAUAUCUAACCUAUGGUGUUCACUGCCAAGUUUAAGCAAGGGCGCAGGUAAUAUUUGACUGGACUAAGGGCAUUAAUGCUUAACCGCUAGCCUUUAAUUAUACACAUAACUCUACUUCUGUGUACUUAAUUAUCCUCUAUCUCAGAUCUCAAUGUACAGUAUGGUAAUGAUUAUACGUUUGUGUAAUAAUUUACAAAAUGUAGCGAAUUCAUUACACCACCACCAACCCCUCUCAUAUUUUGCCAAUACCCUGCAUCACUACUGAAAAGUGAUCAUGUAUUAACGAAGUUUCUUGUAUAGACUAAUAUUUAAUUAUCUGCCAGCCGACAUAUCUUGUUUGAAGAUUUGCAUGGCUAAGCAACAAUAUAAUAAAUGCUUGCGGUACACCAUUUAGAUAGUUUUGAAAAGAACUGAUGUGGUGUUGUGAGAAUGUCUCGACUUUUCGUGAGUUGCUUCAAUCGUCGACAAUUUUGCAAAGAGUCCAAACUUACGUGACUGAAAAGUAAGAUUGAUGCUGAUUGGUGGAAAAUAUAAAGCUGGGACUGGGUGUGAAAAGGCGAGUACAAAAGCCAGUAUUCAGUGUCUGUGUAAAUGUGGGGCGUGGCUAGAAAGCCCAUGACAGUGGCAUUGUGUCUAGCUUGUUGAAGGAAAGCCAAUACAAUGGCAUGGUUUGCAGGGUUGUGUGAAAUGUGCUGUUUUGAUUUAGGUCCGAUUAAAUAUGGACAAAACCAAAUAUGCGUCCUGGUAGAUUACCCUUGGAGUCCGGGAUAAUGUGUUGGUUGUACUAUGAAACUAAUGGUAUCGGCUUGUAGAAUUCCUUGAAUCCGUUGUGAAAGUUAUCUUACAUCGAGAAUAAUAAGGAUUAACCUGUAGCUGAAGUGUUCCUAACAACCACAGCAACAAAGAAGUUUGCACUAAAAUGUAUUCAACAGGGUUGCUGAAUUAUGUGAGUUGUGAUUAUACCGCCCUACCUUUGUGCGAAAAAAAUGUUUCAAACAUCUGCCCUCAAGAAUAUAAUUGUCGAAAUUCAUCUGUAUGCUUACCAUAUGAUAAACUUUGUGACGGUUUGAAAAAUUGUCUCGAAGGUGAUGACGAAUAUUUUUGCGACUAUACUUGUCCAGCUGAAUGCACAUGUAAAGACUUCAGAAUUAAGGGCAAUAAAAUCGAAUGGAAUUCAACGAUAAUAAUCAAACUUUCAUUGACUGACUUGGAUUUGUCUGGUAAGAAAAUAACUGAUCUAUUGCAAGUUGAAUUCAAUGGUUUAAUUAAUCUUCGAUGGUUGGAUCUGUCUGGUAACGAAAUAACUGAUCUAUUGGAAGUUGACUUCAAUGGUUUAAUUAAUCUUCAAUGGUUGUUCUUACAUUUUAACCAAAUAACUGAACUAAACCAAGGUGUAUUCAGUGGUUUGACUAGUCUUCAAACAUU